AUGCCAACCCAGGCUCUGCUGCCCAUCCUGCUUCUCUGUGUCCUGCUGCUGCAGGCCCAGGGAGGGCUCUUUAAUCGGAACAAGAAGCCAAUUACGUGGCCAAACACUGAUAUCAAGGCGUGUGAGAAGAACGUCUUCCAAGACAUGUGCAGACGCCACUGUGAAGAUUACAGAGAUUGUCAAGAAAAUAACAUAUGCUGUUUAGCCUAUUGUGGAAACAUUUGCAUGAACACUCUCUAA